AUGUCACACAGAGAUAGCUAUAGCAGGAGGUCUCCACAAAGGAGAUAUAGAAGAAGGCACAGUUCUAGAGCAAGAAGGUCUUACUCCAGAAGUGAAAAGAGACCACGAAAGAAGAGAAAUGAUUCUAGAGAUAGAAGAAGAAAUAGAAGAAGAUCCUCCAGUCGUAGCUACAGCAGCAGAGAUAGUCGAGAUCGGCACAGAAGAAGUAGGAGUAGGUCUAGUCGUAGGAGAGAUAGACAUAGAAGAUCAAAGUCCUCUAAGUACUCUAAAUCUGAUUCCUACCAUGACAGGUCUGGCUAUGGGGAUAGCAGAGUCAAAGAAACAACAUCUUUAAUGGUCAAAUUUACUCAGAGCGAUUAUUUAAAUCCUGAAGUUGAUGAUGCAAUUCUUUUGGAUAUUUUCGAAAAAUUUGCACAAGUUAAAGAUAUCAGGCUGAUAAGGGACAGGAACUAUCCUGAUCAAUAUAGAAACUUUGUUUUUGUAGAAUACUUCACAAUUGAAGAUGCUCGAAAAGUUUUAGAAUCUGCGAAAAGAGACCCAAUUACAAUAAAAGAUGAGCGAGUUUACAUUAAAUAUUGAGUUGACAAUAAUGCCUUUCAAAAGACUAAGAGCGAACAGGAAGGGUCUAAUAGGGAUGGAAACCUACCUAGCUCUCUCUUACAAUAUGAUCCUUCAAAACAUAAGACACCUAUGGAGGAAGAUGCAAAGUACCUCAAUGAGAAUGAAAUAAUGAAGUCAGAACAAUUACUGGCUGCUUCAUUUACAGAAGAUCCUUUACCAAAAACAGCUGAGCAAAUUGAAAAAGAGAAGGCUGAUAUGGAGUUAAAAAGGUGGGAGAAACUUCAAAAACUAUCGAAUAAGCCUGGAGCUGUUGCUCAGGAUUCAAGCUUAUCCAUCGGUAACAAGAGAUAUCAGAACAUCAUAAAUAUGGGGAAGGAUAAACCUAUCGAGCCUGCUUUGAACCCUGACGAUUAUGUUGAGAUUCAUGUUUGAGUUCCAUGUAAGCUGCUUUUUAAGACAUUUAAAGGGCUGCAGUAUCAUUACAAGUUUAAAUGAAGCAGUUCCAAUUAA